UUUCUUUGCUGUACUGAUCAGCAUGCAGCUGGGAGCACGGCACGCAGCUGCAAGCCGGAGGCUGGAGGAUGCUCUUGCGGAUCCAGGGUGACUUUCUCACUUGGUGGGGGUUGAGCUCUGCUGGACCCAACCGUCCCCCAUCCCUGGCACGGUCACAUCCGUCCCUCCGGCAGCAGGAGGGACAGACCUAUUUCCUUUUUCUUGGUUUCCUUCCUCUUCGUAGCCUCAAAAUCCUGAGCGGUUGAGAGCAGCCAGAGCAGCCCCGCAGGUGGUAUGCGAGCUGCUGCCUUUCGCCUCUACACAGUGUCCCCAAGAUGUGUGCUGGCUUUGUCCCCGAGCUGCUAUGCUAAAGCCUGGGCCAUAGUUAGGGACAUCCUCGCUGGGCUGAGGCAGGUCCUGGAGUCCUAGAUGGUUUGAAAAUCCGCUGGGAUCGCUGACGUUUCAUGCCCUACCUUACCCGCCUGGGCUGGUGCGAUGCAGUGGGGAGGAUGCUCACAAAAAGGCAGUUUUAUUGGCCUUUUUAUUGCCUGCAAAGUGCCAGGAGAGCCUAGGAUUAAUAGCAAACUAUAUAUAAAAAAAAAAGAGAGAAGAGGAGAUGAAAGAACUUUUAUUAUCUUGGAAGCAGCUCGAGUCAUCUUAAGCAGCACAGAAACAUAAACUGUCCUUUUUAAAGAAAAUCUUUGCCUGUGUAGGUACAAACGCCCAAGAUUUUCCCUUUUAACACUCAACUGUUCACAAGAACAGAAAGGAUGGGGAGCAAAGGGCCGGGCUCUUACUAACAGGGUGGUUCUGGACAACCCGGGCACUUUGUGCCAGGGAAGGACACGUUCCUUUGCCCGGCUCCUGCUGGAGUUUCACCCUGGGAAGAGCCUUGCAUGACCUGCGUUUUGAGGUUAAGCACCAGUUUCUGGCUGGAUUGGGGCACGCUCGCCAUCGGGGUGACCCCACACCGUGGCUGGGGGCAGCCCAUGGAGACCCAUCCCAUCCCGACCCGUCCUGUCCUGCGCAGCCUGGCCGGCUCUGCCCAGAUAAACACUGACUCAUGCUGUUAUUCUGUCCCACCCUGGGCACAGCCAGCUUUUUUAAGGCUGCCUUUUCCAGCUAUUCCUUUUUUUUUGCCAUUCACAUGGGCGGGGGACAAAGCCUUAGCUGCUAUGCGGGGAGCAGCCAGGGGUGCCGAAGGCUGCCAGGCGUGGGGAUCCCAACGGAGCGAGGAGGCUCUGCGGCGGUGAAGCAGGGAUGCGUCCGAGUGCCAUGGAUGCAGCUCCAUCCCUAGACCUGCGUGGAGGGAGCUGCCUUUGUGCCGUGGGACGCUGAACCGCCACCUCUCCCCCCAUCCUGCCGGGCAUCCAGCUGCGCUGGGAGCACGGCCGCCGCGCCGUAGAGGAGAGCAGAAACACACAGAGAAACAUCACUGGCCAGAGAGCCCAGGACUGACCAGGCUGUAGUUUGUUUACAGACAAUGGCGCUUUCCAAUUUGUCCAAUUACUUGGAUGAUGUUGAUAACUACAGUGACUACCCAGAUUACACCUAUGAGGAGACCAGCAGCGUGUGGACAGACCCGUCCUACGACCCAAAAGACAUUGCAAGGAUCCUCUCUGUCGUCAUCUACAGUGUGUCCUGUGUGUUGGGCAUCCUGGGGAAUGGCCUUGUCAUUGCAAUCAUAACUGUGAAGAUGAAGAAGUCAGUCAAUGCCAUCUGGUUCCUCAACCUGGCUGUCGCUGACUUCCUCUUCAACAUCUUCCUGCCCAUAAACAUUGCUUACACGGCUAUGCGGUACAACUGGAUCUUUGGGACAGUCAUGUGCAAGUUGAACUCCUUCCUCCUCAUCCUCAACAUGUACACCAGUGUCCUUCUGCUCACCACCAUCAGCUUCGAUCGCUAUGUGUCAGUGGUUUUUCCUGUCUGGUCUCAAAACCAUCGGUCGACCAACCUAGCAUAUUUAGUUUGCUUCAUUAUCUGGACCGUUGGCAUCAUUAUGAGCUGCCCAUCUCUUGUCUUCCGAGAUACAGCACAAGCCCGCAACUCCGUGAUUUGUUUUAGCAACUUCUCCCUCUCCAGGAAUAAGUCUUACCAAGCCCUGGCACUAAUGAGGCACCGAACGGUGAACAUCACCAGGUUCCUCGCCGGAUACAUCCUUCCCAUAACCAUCGUCACUUUCUGCUACAUCGCCAUUGUCUUCAACUUGCGUCGAAACCGCCUUGCCAAGUCCAAAAAGCCUUUCAAGAUCAUCAUCACCAUUAUAGUUACCUUCUUCCUUUGCUGGAGUCCCUACCACCUGCUGAACCUCCUAGAAACAGAGCCCGACAUGAUCCCGCGCUCCGUGUUUGAGAUCAGCAUCCCCAUAACCACAGCGCUUGCUGCCUCCAACAGCUGCAUGAACCCCGUCCUCUAUGUCUUCAUGGGCCAGGACUUUAAGAAGUUUAAGGUCACCAUCCUUUCCAGACUGGUGAACGCCCUCAGUGAGGAGACAGGCCACUCCAGCAUCGUUCACAGGAGCUUCUCCAAGAUGUCUUCAAUGACCGAGAAGGAGAUGACAGUCCUUUAAACUCAACCUGGAUGCCUGCAGGAGGGCCAUAGUCCUCCGGUGUUGCCCCUGCCCAUCACUAUGAUGGUGGCCACCCUUGUAGUGGCCCCUGGUGUGGGACGAGCAUAGUCCAGCGCUGUCCUAUAGUGUAUUCUUUGACUUCUCUUGCUGCCUGGGGGCUGGCAGGUGUUGGAGAACACUGCUCUGUGCAUGUGGAGAAGAUACAACCGCCCUUAAUCUUUCUUUGCGGUUGCAAAGAUGAUUGCAUUGAACUAUUUAAGAAAAUAUUUCAGGGCAUUCCUGUCCAAUCUAGGCAUUGCCUGGCCUGACAAGGCCAUUCCUGCCAUUUCCAGAGACAUCGUUAUGGGGAGAUUGGGUGGAGGAUGUGUCUGGGAAGGCACCUCCGCUGCCAGGCUCCCAAGAUGGGUGGCUGAGUGGGCACGCGCCGUGGAUGAUACCUGCUAUGACAAAACUGGUGACGCUCUUCCUAUGUCCUAUGUAUGCAUAUAGCUACUCAUGUUAAAGUCCUAAAGUAUAUUGGUACUAGCACAAUAUGUUUUUAACUGUUGUGAGCACUUUGUACCCAGAGAGGCCCUGGGAAUUGUCUUCAUAAGAGGGGUUUGAAUAUCCCCAACCUCAACAAAGCUGGAAGUCUCGCAUGUCUUCUAAGUGAUCCAGACCCAGGGCCACCUGCCAACGUGGGGAUUGGGCUCGUGCAUGGGGUCACCAACAUGGAAAACUGGGAGAAAAAAGAGGGAAAGAUUCAUUUGAAGUGUCUUUUGAACAAACCCCACUUUGAUGGGCACGUUUCACAUGGUACAUUUUGCAGAGCAAUUUGAUGCUUGGGGCCGUGAGUCCCAGCAGCUCCUUGCAAAGUGCCUGGGUGGCACUGGGGACCAGGUCCAUGGGCUGGGCACUGCAGUGCUGGGGGAAGACCUGCUGUCCCCUCCUGGAUCCAGGUGGACCCGAGGACUGGCUCCACUGAUGGCUGCUCCCUGGUGUGAUCAGUCGGUCCUAUGGGAAGAUUUUGUCUCUUCCCGACCAGGCAGCAAGCCCAUCGCCGGUGGGAGACUCUGCCAAUGCACACAAAUUUCUGCAGUGAAGGAUGAGCCAAGCCACCAUCUCUAUCCAAUUUCAUGCACAGUUAAUUUGGGAGUUCCUUCACCGUUUGGGCUUCUUGACUAUGACACUGGUGUCACGCUUAUUUAUGUGUUGGUUUCUCCAUGUCACCCAUAGCCUCUCACUCCCAGGAAAGCAAGGAACAACCGAGUCCUCCACCUGCGCCGGGAGCUAGAGCAGAGCUGAUCCCUGGAGCUGGGUUCAGGCAGUCCCCAGUGGCACCAGGGACAUUUCAGAGGGUCCCUGGGGGUCCCACCCCAUGCGAUGCCCAGGGCAGUUUUAUGCAGGAGCCGGGACACUGGCAAUUGAGAGUCUGCUCACAGGUGCCUGCAAAGGCUGAGAUAUUUAUUUAUGGCUUUUUUUUAAAAGACAAAAAAUGGAAAAAAAAGUGCAGAGGCAGCUCCCAGGAGAAGGCACAGAGCUAUUUACAGGCUCCCGUCAGCAGCAGAUCAUGCCAGACACAGAUAUAAACCAAAUCACAAAGCCCCAGUAAUUAAGCUGCAGCCCUGAGCUGCGGGAACACUGCAGAUAAUAGCGGACACUACGGUAGGAGCUGGAUUUCAGACAGAUUAUCAGGCAUCCCCUCUGCCCCCCGCACUGCCUGGCUGAUCUACCUUGAUCUGCAUAACCUCAUUCGCAUGGCAUGAUGGGGAGAGAGGGGAGCACCUGCACCCCAUGGAGCUGUCAGAGUGCUCCUCUCCCAUUACAUGGGAGCAGAAGGACGAGGUGCUGCCUGUAGCAUCCCUGCCCAGCGCUGCCAGCCCCUGGCACUGCCUGCAUCUCCCCUGGGAUAGGGAUGCUGAUAGAUCUGGUGCGUUUGGCUGCAGUUUUGGUGCUGCUGGAUGGUGUGUGCUGGGGCAUAUUUGUCCCCCACACCGGGGCAGGGAGGUGCCCAUCCUUGCUAGGGUUGCGGGAGAUGCUGCAGAUCCGGUCUGCUAAAAGUGGGGUGCAGAGGGGUGGGGGAUUUAUCCUGAAGAUAAAGGGUGUCCAGCCUGAAGCCAGAAGGGGAACACAGCAGGGAGAUGGGGAUUACAAGGGAAAUUAAUGGCAGAUUGGUGACUGCCACCUGUUGGGUGCUGCUCUCAAUAACACAGGGUCCUGGGCACUCAGCACCCAGCUGCAGGCGUCUUUGCAUCUCCUCGGGGCUGGGAACCGGCAGGCUGAGCAGCACCGGCUGCUUGCCCGGGGAGCAAUGCCCCGUCCCUGGGCUGCACCGUGUGCCAUGGCCGAGCCUGGGGCUGCUCCUGAGCUGCCUGCGGGGACCAUCCACAUGGUUUUUUUCCCCACAAAACCUGUGCACAGUCCACAGCCUCGGAAGAUGCUGUGACCGAGGAGGCUGCAGGGGAGGAAGGCUUUGGCGGUGGGAGGAGGCUCCCCCUUGCUCAUGUUACACAGUAUUUAAUUACCUGCUGAAAGAUGGCAGGGUUCCUGUUAGCAGUCAGAUAGGACAGAUGGGACAGACAGGGCAGACAGACAGACAGCUGCUCAGGGAGGUGAGGGGGACACGCAGAACUAGCAGAGCCAGAGCAGGAGCCCAGGAUCUGUUUGGGGGACAAGGGGAACGGGGUGCACCCCUGAGCCAGCAGCCACCGAUGCUUUUUGGGCUCGGGGUUUGGGGCAGCUGAAGAAGUGGGGCAAGAAGCAGCUGGUGCUGCUGGGACAGGACACCAGGACGCGUUUGGGGACAGAGUGGGUCAACGUGCAUGGGACAGGGGGGAGCUGGGCAGCCUGUGUCCCCCCCCAGGACCCAGCGCCAUACCAUUGCCCCUCGGUCCGGCGAUGUGAUGCUCCCAGGCCAUGCUGGAGUGGGGAUGCUCCUCACUAAUUUUCGUGGCUGGAUUUUGCAAGCCCAUCUAUUAUUACUGCAAACAGCUUUCCAAAAAAAAGUGAUGACUUGGUACAUAACCUUGGGUUAAAUCAUCAUUAUAAUGACAGCUUGUGAAACCUAAUAUUUGAGUUUGUCCUUGUAGCUGUUUGCCUAUUUAAUAAAAAACCUGUUUUACAUACAAAUACCCCCGCUACAUGCUCAAGCUCGUCACAUGGAGCGGGAAGGAUCCCAGGACUUUUCAGUAAGCAGUCGCUUCCUAGUGUAUAUUCCUGAUCCCCAGCAUUGCAUUUGGGACUGCAGGAAAGCAGCCAGGAGUGGAGGGGCAUGGGAAUGCGCGGCUGGGGCUGUAUGGCUAGGAGCCAGCGACUGAGAUGGGAGUGUGGUGCUCCAAGCCUCUCAUAUGGGAGAUCUUCCAAAGAUGCUCUCUGUGGGUUUCCCCCUUUAAUUUGUCCCUGAAGAGGCCAAAUGGCUCUUUAAGGGGGAAAAAAAAAAAAGGUAUCUGUGCAAAAAAAAGCAGCUGAAAGAGCAUUGUUUCCCCUGCGCCUGCAUGCGGCAUGAGCCCUGCAGUGGGGGGCCUGUGUCCGCUCCCCGUCGCCUGCUUUGUGAAUCUGUGCACCGAGCCGCUGCCAGCCUCUCCCCCAGGUUCGUGUCAGCCUGCCGUGUUUUCUGUCAAAUAAGAUCUGGCAAAUGCUCUGUUAUACUGAUUUGAAAGAGGAAUUAUUAAUGCCAGCUCUGAGAUGGAGCUCUGUGUGGGAGCUAUCUGCAUCUCGCCCGGCGGAGGCUGGUUCCCCCAUCACCUCCUGCACCCCACAAGCCCCCCACAGAUCCACGUUGUCCCGGGGGCUGUUUUGGGGGGACGGAGCAGUGGGGAGGGGGUUGGCUCCUGCACCCCAGCUAGCUCCCAGUGCUCUGCCCCCCACACCCCACCAUCCAUCCAGACACCCCUGGACAAGCAGCGUGUUGCUGCUCCAUCCCCUCCCUCUGCUGGUUCCCCCCAUCCCGGCAGGGUUUGGGACGAGGAUCGGGAAGAGAAGGAAAAAAUCCCCCGAGUUUUGCCCGCUAGACCCUGUAACCCAUCAGGCAUUGAGCGAGCCUCCCCAGGGAAUAUUGGUGAUUUCUGUUCCCAUGUCGCCUAUCGAAGCAGGCAGUAAACAGAUCAAACAGAGGGCAUUAAAAAUGCAUAUAUACAAAACAGAAACAGGGCAGAAAUAUUCAUCAUAAAACUUCAGCAGCAGAACUGCUCAGUGUGCAUGAGCCUCUUAUCCAGAUUUUUCUUUCCCUUUCUGCAACACGGCAAAGAAAUGCAGCUCAAUAUUGCCCCAAUUCCUCUGAUAUUGCCUAAAUACUACAGGCAUACCCCGGCAUCUCGCAGAGCAGGCAAAGAUGCAUCCUUUCAGCUCUCCUAUUUUUUUGCAGUGCCAUACAUUUUGUUCAUCCAGGGGAGGGAAGCUCGCCCUGCUGUGUUGCCUGCAGUCCCCUGUGGUGAUGGGAAGGUCCAAUAUAUUAAAUUGUGGGUCCUUGGAUGCUUCCUGCUGACCCUGGUCUAUCCCACUCCUGCAGGGACUGAUAGACUCGCAGCUCAGCUGAGAGAUGUCCUUAGCUAUGAAUUAACACCGUCCUCUUGAUUAAUGCCGGCAGGAGGCUAAUGACACUGCAGCCAACUUGAGCACGAUGUGCAAAAACUGUAAUUAGCAUCCAGGGAAGGGGCUCAGCGGGACCCACAGCUCCAGGGCCGGCUGGCACGUCCAGCACCACUCCGUGCUGGCAUGGUGGCAGCUGCCCAGCCGGGGUCUGCGGCCCCUUUUGGGGCAGGAGUUGGUGAAAUCGGUAACUGGGGGUGCACCUGGGUUUAGGAUCUAAGAGUCAAGGGGUGAACGGGAUUCAGAGCCACCACCAUCCCCAUGAGACCUGCAGUUAAGGCUGUCAUGGGGAUUGUGAUUUUAGGAUAGGUCAGGACUGGCCAGGAAAGAAGAGCAGCAGGUUUGGGAGCUGGGACAGUGAUCCCCAGCCCAACAACACCAUGCCCAGCUCCAAGACCUCGACCCCCAGCCCGGGACCCCCAGCCCAGGACCCCCAGCCCUAGCCCAAGACCCCAAUCCACAACCCCGGGACCCCAUUCCCCAGCCACAGCCAUCCCACCUCUCCCUACCCCACAAGCCCAUUGAGGUCCCACAUGCCCCACACGCUGUGGGGCUCAGCAGCCCCAGAACCCCAGGGACGGUGCUGCAGCAUGCCGGGGGCCCACGGCAGGACCGGUCCUUGCCCAGCACAUCCUCGCCAUGUGCCAAACCUGCCUCAUGCCUCUCCAUGCCCCCUCCCCGCUGCUGCCUCCCCAUAAUUACCUGCCACUCGCAGGGCCCCAAAACUUGGGGCUGGGUCUCAUUUCACAUGAGCAGUUGGGAAAUUACUCCAGAAUAUAUCAAAAUCAUUUCUGUGGAACACACUACCGUUGUUAAUGACUGUUCUUUUUCAAUUAGCUGUCAUGGCCCUGAAAUAAAGCUGUGCUUUCCUUCUCCAAUAAAUCACUCCCUUUAUUUGGAAUUGGAAUUAAGCAAAAAAAAAAAAAAGAAUAGACGUGUUACCCUUUCCCUUUCCUUGAUGCCAGGUGGGUUGGAGCCAUGUUUAAAUUAUCUCUGCUGCAUUCAGGCAGAUUGUCAACUGUAAAUUUUAUGGAAAAUAGUAGAGCCGAUAAAUAAACAUGCUUCUUUUGUCAGGGAUGAA